UGUCGUGUGAUGCGAAGCGGCGUUCUUCUUCUACUCGUCUUCGUGUUUACAAGGGAUCUUUCUAAUUCUAAAUGUCUUACACCGUUGGUUAACCAAGAAGUCAAUAGCUCUGGGUUGGCUGUUGGACAGGAGCUCUCUUCUUUCGUCGGUUUUGAGCAGCCCGUGAGAAAGAAAACUUCUAGUGGGCGCCAUUUUGGAUUUUCCCUCACUCCUGUCGCCAAGGUUCAGCUUGUCAGGCUUACAAGAUCUGUUCUUCUUGCAAGUUUACUGCUUCAGUGCAAUGAUAUCUCCGUGAAUCCUGGACCUUCCACUAAAAUAACCUGUCCUCGGUGUCUCAAGACGGUCAGAAGAAAUCAGGCUUUUGGAUUUUGCGUUUUAUGCAAAUCGCGCUUCCAUUUAAAAUGCCUGGAUGCGAACUUUGAAUCUGGCUCGACUUGUCAUUUCUGCUCAGUUCCAUCUUCUGCUGAGCAACAGUUCGAUGACAGUCUAAACGAUAGCUUUGUUGUACCAGCAACAUCUGAUGCUACCCUAAAGUUGCGUGGUCUUAAGUUCAUCCAUCAAAACAUCAGAAGCUUGAGGAAGAAGUUAAAUGAACUUCGUGUUUUCAUAACGCAAAGUCCACGAAUUCACAUCAUAGCUUUAACUGAGACAUGGCUCAACAGUAACAUUUCGGAUGCAGAAGUGUCAUUGCCUGGCUUUACACUUUUUAGAAGAGAUAGAUUGGUGAGGAAAGGAGGCGGUGUAGCAGUGUUCGUCAGUGAGUCAAUUAAUGCUGUGCGCCGAUCUGACCUCGAAAUUGAUGAAUCUGUUUGGAUUGAGAUUUUUCUGCCUAAAUCUAAAAGCAUACUGUUUGGAACAUUUUAUCGGCCACCUUCAGAGUCAGACAGCCAGCCUGACGUAGAUUAUUUGGCUCGCGUUUACAACAGCCUGGACUCUGCCGCGGCUGAGGGAAAAGAAAUUGUUGUAAACGGGGACUUCAACUGUGAUUAUUUGCCUAAGAAACCAAGCUCUGAAACCAAAAA